AUGAGGGAGACGCCGUCGCCAACCGAAGGCAGAAAGACGGUGCAAGAGUCGAGUGCAGCUGCGGAGCCGGCAGACUAUGGCGUCGACGAGAGGAGGCUGCUGAAAAAGCUCGACAUCCACAUCAUCCCCCUGGUCAUGACUCUGUACCUGUUUAGCUUCCUCGACCGAGUCAACAUUGGCAACGCGCGUCUCUACAAGCUCGAGUCCGACCUGGGCCUGUCGCCGACGCAGUUCCAAGUCGCCGUCAGCAUCCUCUUCGUCACCUACAUCGCCUUCGAGGUGCCCUCCAACCUAGUGCUCAAGCUCUUCACCCCGCGCCGCUGGAUUGCCUUCAUCGUCGUCUCGUGGGGCCUCGUCGCCACCCUCAGCGGCCUUGUCCAGUCCUACGCCGGCCUGCUCGCCUGCCGCCUGCUGCUCGGCGCCCUCGAGGCCGGCCUGUUCCCGGGCCUCAACGUCUACCUGACCCUCUUCUACACCAAGCGCGAGCUGGCCCUGCGCGUUGGUUAUCUCUUUGUCAGCGCCGCCGUCGCCGGCGCCCUUGGUGGUCUGCUGGCCUACGGCAUCGGCCACCUCGACGGCGUGCGCGGCAUGCACGGCUGGCGCUGGAUCCUCAUUAUCGAGGGCCUACCCUGCAUCUUCCUCGGCGCAGUUACGUACUUUGCCCUCCCCAACGACGGCCAGACGGCCUACUUCCUCGACGACCGCGAGAGGGCCCUCAUGCAGGCGCGGAGCAGGGGCGAGUACGGGAGUACCCGCUCAAGCCAGGAGUUUAGCCGCGCCGAUAUGAACAAAGCCUUCACCGAUUGGAAGAUCUGGGCCUUUUCCGCGGCUCAGUUUGGCGUCGAUACGAUGCUCUAUGGAUUCUCAACAUUUUUGCCCACCAUCAUCAACGACCUCGGCACCUGGACCAUCGCUCAGGUACAGCUGCUGACGGUGCCGUGCUACUUCCUGGGUGCAACCGUAUACAUGGUGACAGCGCUGGCCUCGGACCGGCUGCAGAUGCGAGGCGUCUUCUGCGUCGUCUUUGGGGCCGUAAGUGUCAUCGGCUACGCCGUUCUCAUGUCCGACGUGGCGCCGGCGGUGCACUACUUUGCCUGCUUCUUGAUAGCGGGCGGGCUCUACGUCGUCGUUGGGCUGCCGCUGGCCUGGUUACCCAACAACACUCCGCGAUACGGCAAACGCACUACCGCCACCGGGCUGCAACUUACCCUCGGCAACUGUUCUGGCAUUUUGUCCGCCUUCAUCUACCCCAAGGGAGACGCCCCACGGUACACGCGCGGUCACGGAGUGACGCUGAGCAUGGUGGCCCUAGGGAUCACCAUCUACAGCCUCAUGUGGCUCUGGUACCGGCGGGAGAACAAGAGACGCGCGGGGGCGCAGCUGAGCGAUGAGCACAGGCGGAUGAAGGAGGAGGAGCUCGAGGAGCUGGGAGACGACAGCCCGCGGUAUAUGUACACCGUGUAA